AUGGAUGAGAUCGCCCCCGAGUACGACGUCGUGGUGCUCGGCACUGGCUUGACCGAAUGUGUUCUGUCUGGUGUUCUGAGUGUCAAGGGCAACAAGGUUCUCCACAUUGAUCGCAAUGACCACUACGGAGGAGAGGCUGCCUCUGUCAACAUCGAAACACUCUUCAAGAAGUACGGAAACGUCCCCGCCGGCGAGGAGCCUUGGAAGAAGUACGGCCGUGUCAAUGACUGGAACAUCGAUUUGGUUCCAAAGCUGUUGAUGGCCAACGGCGAGUUGACCAACAUUCUGGUUUCCACCGACGUCACCCGAUACUUGGAGUUCAAGCAAAUUGCAGGCAGCUAUGUCCAGCAGGGCAAGGGUCCCAAGGCCACUGUUGCCAAGGUCCCCUCCGAUGCUGGCGAAGCUCUGCGCUCUUCCCUCAUGGGUCUGUUCGAGAAGCGUCGUGCUAAGAAGUUCCUGGAGUGGGUUGGCGAGUUCAAGGCAGAAGACCCAGCCACUCACCAGGGAUUGAACAUCGCAAACUGUACCAUGAAGGAGGUCUAUGACAAGUUCGGUCUCGAGGAUAACACCCGCGACUUUGUUGGCCACUCUAUGGCUUUGUACCCAUCCGACAACUACAUCAACAAGUCCGGCGAGGCUGCCGAGGCUAUCGACCGCAUCCGCCUCUACGUCAACUCUAUGGCGCGCUACGGAAAGUCACCUUACAUCUACCCUCUCUACGGCUUGGGUGAACUGCCCCAGGGCUUUGCUCGUCUCUCUGCCAUCUACGGUGGUACCUACAUGCUGAACACCGACAUUGAUGAGGUAACAUACGAGAACGGAAAGGUGUCUGGUAUCAAGGCUACCAUGCGGGACCGUGAUGAGAAGGCCGAGGAAAUGAAGUUCGAGACUAAGACUAAGAAGAUCAUUGCCGAUCCCUCCUAUUUCCCUGGCAAGGUCCGCGCCACUGGAUACUUGCUCAAGGCUAUUUGCAUCUUGAAGCACCCCAUUGAUAAGACCGACUCCAGCGACUCUCUCCAGCUCAUCAUUCCUCAGUCACAGGUCGGACGCAAGCACGAUAUCUACAUUGCCAUGGUCUCGUCUGCACACAACGUCUGCCCCAAGGGUUACUACAUCGCUAUUGUUUCUACCAUCGCAGAGAACGAUGCCAACCCACACCUCGAGCUCGAGGCAGGUUUCGAGCGCCUGGGUGCUAUCGAAGAGAAAUUCAUGGCCCCUCCUAUCCCUCUCUACGAGCCCCUGGAGGGCGGUGCCAGCGACAAUGUCUUCAUCUCCAAGAGCUACGAUGCCACAUCUCACUUUGAGACCACAACUGCUGAUGUGCGGGACCUCUACCGCCGCGCCACUGGCGAGGAGCUGGUGGUUGAGGGUCUCCGCGAUGAUCAGCAACUUGUCCAGGAGUAA